ACAUCAACAUCUAUAGUUUGUGAUAAGAAAGUAUCCUAUCCUGCAUCAAUAACGCAAAAUAGAAAUAUAACAGUAUGUACAGGAAUUGUAUACUCAUAAAUAUAAAAUGAAAAGUCUACAUAUUGAUUGAUAUUCGUAAUUAGAUAUUUGGAAACAUAAAAAGUGAUCUCAAAGUAUUGUGUAAGAAUUAAAGUUGUAAAAUCGUUAUCAAGUUUACAAGUUCGUUCAUUUGGUGAAAAAUUUCAUCUUCUUAUUUAUAAUCCGUAAAAACGGAUAAAAAGAUAAAAAAUGGUAGUGCUUAGCAAUUUUCUUGCACCACAAGAAGGAAUACGUCAUGAAGAACCAAAUACUACUGUGUAUAUUAAUGAUAGAGAAGUAGGAAAAGGAAUUCUGUAUAUUACAGAAAGUUUACUUUCUUGGGUGAAUUAUGAUACACAACAGGGAUUUUCACUUGAAUAUCCUCAUAUAUCUUUACAUGCCAUAUCAAGAGAUGAACAAGUACAUUCAAGGCAAUGUUUAUAUAUCAUGGUUGAUGCAAAAGUAGAUCUUCCAGAUGUACCAUUGUCACCAGCUUCAGAUAGUGGAUCAGAUAAUGAAUUCGAAGAUGUGGAUACACCAAUUACAGAAAUGCGAUUUGCCCCUGACAACACAAAUAAUUUGGAAACAAUGUUUCAAGCAAUGAACCAAUGUCAGGCUCUUCAUCCUGAUCCACAAGAUAGUUUUUCUGAUGCUGAAGAAGAUAUUUAUGAAGAUGCAGAGGAAGAUGAUUAUCAAUAUUACGAUGUUGGUGCUGGUACUGGUACUGGUGUUGGUGCUGGUGAUGCUCCUUAUAUCUUACCAGAGACAAAUCAAAAUGGUACAGAAGGAGAUGAUGCUAUGGAUAUAGAGGCAGGUCAAUUUGAAGAUGCAGAGGAAGAUCUAUAAAGUAUGAAAAUAAUAAAAUGCAGACAUGCAUUUAGUAUUAAUUUAUAAGUACCAGUAUCAUAUACCAAGGUAGAUAUGUGAUAUGGCAGACUGUAUAAGAGAGCAGUAUCAAACAUAAAAACAGCUAACAUUUAUUUAUAUUCAUUUUGUACAUGGUAAUAAUUUUUUAGAUAAAAAUAAAUAAUUAUAUAUCAAA